UAUAUUAUAGAAGUUCUAAUCAAUAAUUUUAAAUAUCUAAUCUGAAGAAUUCAACAAUAUUAAGCUUGGUAUUUGUUUUAACUUGAAUUUUAAUUUGCUUUUUAAUAAAAGUUAAAAAAGCUUAAAUGGGUGAAGAAUAUCUUGGAAUUCCCAGGUUAAUGUGGGAAGCUGACCAUGAGUGGAGGGCAAGAAAAGCUUUUAUUGAUACUAAUAAGCAGCAUUACAAUGGUGACCGUCUUGCAUCAUUGUCAAUGUCAUGGGCAAACUGGAGGUUUAUGGGUUGCUCUUAUGGACCUGAAGUUCAAGAAAUUUUGACAGAUUGUAAUACGAGAGUACCGCGUGAAAUUGAAGAAGAAAUUGAUAUGUUAAUUGAAUUAGCAACACCUAAAGUUAAGUUUGUUAAAGCAUCAAAUGAGAACCUUGGUACACGUACUGGUCCACCUUCACAAGCCAUCGAUGGUGAUGUUAUCGUGCGUGAAAAUUUCAAAGAUUUAAUCCAAAAACCGGAUAAUAGCGAUGAAUUAGUGAGUGGUUUAAUUUUAUACAUCAACGAAAAAGACGAUAAUUCGAACCCCAUAAGUAUUUUACAGGAAAGCGUCCAGAAAUGUAAACGUCAAAUCUAUUACAUAGAUAAAGGUUUUAUUAAUAAUGAGAUUCAUAUGGACGUUUUUAUUGAUAAUAUUUAUAUAGCGCAUGGAUCAGGUCCAAAUCAAAAGGUUUGCAAACAAAAUACGGCAGCCUCAGCUUUCGAGCUGCUCAAAUACUCCCAAGGGAUUAUUUAUAAAAAAGAUCUAAUAAAGUAUCAUGAAAGUGUAUCUACGAUUUCAAAAAGUAAUCUUAUAAAAUCAGCGUAUUACCAAUCACCAAAGUUGCAAGAAACAAAUUUAGGCAAUCAACUACUUCGUAAGAUGGGAUGGAGUGGGGCCGGUGGUUUGGGAAAAGAUGGUUGCGGUAUAUCUGAUCCUGUUUUUGUUGAAGGUGCUGAAGGACGGAAAGGAAUUGGACAUGAAUUCACAGAUCGCUCAGUGCGCUCAUCGAGCGUAGAGGAAUCUUUGCUAUCGUUUUUACACGAUUCAAGCAAAAACGAAAUAAGAUUUUCGUCUGAUUUAACUAAAGAAGACCGUGCGCUUGUACAUAGGCUUUGCCAAAAGUACCAUUUAAAGCAUCGUUCUUUUGGGAAAGAGGGUGAUCGGUAUUUGCUUGUUUCCAAAAUUGGCAACAUUUUUUAAAAAUAAGUUUUAUUUAUUGGCCAUUGUUUUAUUAAACCAAUAUUUAUUGGCUUUAAUCAAUUGCGUAUAUAUAUUUACGUAUCCAACUUCACAAGAAUAUUUCAAAAAUUAUCUAUAAAA